UUGACCUGUGCUUCGUAUUUGUCUAAAGCCAAGUUCUUGGCUGAUCAAUUAUCUGCUGUUGGAAAACCAGUCGAUAAUGACGAUCUCAUAUCUUUUAUUAUUGGAGGGUCUUAAUUCUACUUUUACACAAUUCAUCACCUCUUCCUCCUUCCACACUCGGGAGGCUUCUAUGUCCUUCUUUGGUUUCAGGUCUAAAUUGUUGAAUCAUAAAAUAAUUUUGAACCGUCAUACUCCACUCAAUCCUGUGCCAGAGACAUCCUCUUUUGCUUUAUUUACCAGUCGUCCAAAGUUUUAGCCUGUGAAACGUAAAGUGCAAUAUUCUGGGUCUUUGAACAGCAACGCUACAAAGCCAAAAUUUUCCAUUAAACCUUCACCCCCCAUAUGUACAAGGACGUUCGCUCUAUUUCCACUUUCAACUCUGGUGGCCGUUCUCCUUGCCAGAUUUUCAAGGGCACUAAUCAUCAGGCGUUGGACUGUUUUUGGAGGAUGAAUUCUUCAUUUCAAGGACAUCAUCCUCCUACAGAGCUGGCAUCCAUGAUUGCUGAUAUUAAUGCAGAAUUUCUGAAUUGCCAAUGGCUUGCAGACAGUAGUGCUAAUGCACACGUUACUAAUAAUGCUGAGAAUCUUGAUGGUAAUGAGACUGUCGGUAUAGGACAAUCAGAUGGGAAUCACGCUCCUUUAAGGUCGAAGUGAAAAUGGGCUCUAUCCUAUCAAUCUCGCCAACUUAUCACACAAUAAGCGCAGAGGGCUAAAUGCUUUUAUGGGAAUUAAGGCACCUAGCUCCCUUUGGCAUCAACGUUUAGGUCAUCUUUCUGAGUCUGUCUUGCGUCAUGUCUUAUAUAAUUCUAAUUUACCUCUUGUUGGUUCUGUGCAAAAGAGUUUUGUUUGUGAAUCUUGCCAACUUGGCAAAAUCACUCGACAACCUUUUCCUUCCUCUCAUUGUGAGUCUUCAGGUCCUUUAGAUAUGGUCCACUCGGAUGUUUGGGUUGCACCUCUUGCUUCGCCUAGUGGUUUUAAAUUUUAUGUAACGUUUAUUGAUGAUUUCAAUCGAUUUACAUGGCUGUAUCCGAUUACAAAUAAAUAUGAAGUUUUCAGUUCUUUUGUU